CCUCCUCCUCUGCUUUGCUUAGGUCACGAGACUUUCCUCGGGUUCUUUCUUUCCCUUUCAUUCUUUCUCUGAGAUUGAGUGAGCCAUUGGUACAAAUAAUAAUGAACAGAACCAUCCAACUCUUUCUUUCUCUUCCCCUUUAAAUUUUUUUUCACCCAAAACUCUGCAACACCAACCAAACCUCUUAAAGCCCUCCCUUUUUCCCUCUCUCUCUUUCUCCAUCUCUCUUUCCUACUGCUUUCAUUUUUAUUCGCCAGCUUCUCUUCCUUCAAAAAUUCCCCAUCCCUUUACCAAAAGAAAACAUCUUUGUGAUCCAUCCUUUAUUUAUUCGAUUCUCUUAUUCUCUGCUAUAUUAGCGGCUUCACUGAGUUUGGAGUCAAACAAAGAGAUGGGCUUUUCUGGCGAGUUAGGCUUGGAUUCCGACCCCCAGAAAUGGGUUAUAGCCGGAAUUCCGUUGCGGGCUCCGUUAAAGCCGAUAUACACCAUUGCCAACCCGGUGGCGGACAUCACCGAAGCAAACCACGGCGGCGGUGACGUGGAAGAAGAAGAAGAGUGUGGUUCGACGACUCCGACCGCUGCGGAGGCGAGAAUUCCUAUCAGGCUGACGUGUCCGCCUCCGCCGAGGAAAAGGAAGCCGGCGGCUGCUUCGAAAUGUAACUACGGUAGUGUUAGAGAGUUCUUCACCCCUCCCGACUUAGAAAGCGUCUUCAUACGCCGCCAUGUCGAGAGGGCUAAUUGAUAUUUUCAAAGCUUUAAUUUUUAGGCGCACUUUCAUCAGUCUGAUUUGUUUUUACUUCGUUUUGAAUUUUUUCUCUCUCUCUGUUUCUCAGUAUCUUUAGAAUGUUAAUCUGUACUGGCCAGUUAACUAGGAGGAGGAGAAGAUAAUUAUGUAUAGCUAAUUAUCAUAACUAAAUAAAAUUGCUCAUUCCUGCUA